GACGAAUUAUAAUACUACUACUAAAAGUACUCUGUGAGUAAAAGUGAGUAAAAGAAGGUCUGUGUUUAUCACAUAAAAAACAAAUUGCUGAAUAAUUUUAAAUUAAAUUAAAUAAAAAAUAACGGAGGCAUGCAGAUGAGUCGAAUGGGAUCACCGUCUGUAGGCAUGGAUGAGGAUACAGGCGUUGGACAUGUUCUGAGCGAUUUUUUACUGCAACUCGAGAAUUAUAACCCAUCAAUACCAGAUUCAGUUGUUGCCCACUAUUUGAAUAUGUCUGGCUUCGAAUCGCAGGAUUCUAGACUUAUUCGUCUAAUAGCAUUAGCAUCACAGAAAUUCUUAUCUGACAUAGCUAAUGAUGCACUGCAACAUUGUAAAAUGCGUACUUCAAGUCAAGUAACACAGAACUCUAAAAACCAAAAGGGGCCAAAAGAAAAGAAAUAUGUCAUGACUAUGGAUGACCUAGUGCCUGCGUUGCAAGAAUACGGUAUCACUGCGAGAAAACCACACUAUUUUGUUUGAAUUUUGUUAAGCACUGAUUUUUUUUACGUUACAAUUAGGUAUGUUGUUCUGUAUUAGAUAAGUCUAACUAUAGUGAAUAAAAUUUCUGAAUAGUUUAAGUUCAUGCAAUGGUGUAGCUAGUAUUAAGUAACUAAUUUUAUCAUCAGGGACAAAACUGUGGUAUCACCCCAGG